AGUGCGGAAAGGUAUGCGAGGCGCGAAGGAUUAGCAUCGCCCGAGUGUCGGAAAAGUGUUGAAAAAGGUCCAUCUCGCGUUGAGUGGUUUUUCUCAAGGAUUUUCGCCGAUGACAAGUGUUUUCAAUCGCGGAUAAAGAGAGCCCCCUCCGUCCCUCCCGCGAGGUGUUUGUUCGGGCAACCCCCCUCCUCCCCCCGGUGGGGCCGACCGCAGGUCAUGUGAAGCGUCAUUUCGCAAGUUUGCGCCUCGUAAAUAUUUCUGCGGGCUUUUUCUGUUUGUUUGCGUUUUUUUUUUUUCGCGCCCUGUCGCGGUCGUCUCGAUAGGUAUUUUCAAAAACAUUUCGGUCCCGAAAACUUAUACAUCUCUCGUGCUGCAUAAAAGUGAUUUAAACGGAUAUCAACUCCAUCUCCUGCGUAUAAAAUCUGCAGUCAGUGAACUUUCCGUGUUUUUUGGUGGAAUUAUACUGUUUUAAACUUAUUUUUACGUUCUUAUUCGGGUGAGUCAAAUAAUGACUCGUAGCUUUCGAUAGUGUGAUUUAUUGUGCGUGCAACUAUAGAUUUUUAAAAUCGGCGAUGAAGAUUACAAAUGUAACGUUCUAGUGUUUGUUGUAUUAUGCUGCUUAAAAAUGCAGCAGUACAACGGAAAUUCUCUAACCUGUAUGGCAGAUAUUUUCGGGAACAACUAUCAGUGGAGCACUGGAAAAGCUAUCAAAGGACUGCAAGCUUGCAUAGAGAACACAAUCAGCGGAGGUUCGGAGGCGAGGAUAGCUGAGACUGAGAAGAACAACAACGUUAUCAGCAACAAAGCUAAUGCUUUGGACAGAAGUCCUAUCGAUAAAAGCGCAUAUAGUAAUUUUAAUUCAAGUGAAAAUGACGAGCUGCAUCCGAUGGUAGUCAACGUGAAAGCCACUCUCGAAUUUCAGUCCUUGUGGGAGAAAUUCAACGAACUAGAAACUGAAAUGAUAGUUACCAGAGCUGGGAGACGCAUGUUUCCUGUGUUCCAAGUACGGCUUUUUGGCAUGGAGGAGUCGGCGAACUAUCUCUUAACGAUGGAUUUCGUUCCCGCCGACGACAAGCGUUAUAAAUAUGCUUUUCACAGUUCCAGUUGGGUGACAGCCGGGAAGGCUGAUCCAUGCUCCCCGCCACGCAUGCACAUUCACCCAGAUUCGCCAGCCACCGGCGCCCAGUGGAUGAAACAAAUCGUCUCCUUCGAUAAACUAAAGCUUACCAAUAAUCAGCUGGACGAGAAUGGGCAUAUAAUGCUGAACUCAAUGCAUAGGUAUAAACCCCGUCUUCACGUCAUUUAUAUUCCUCCUAAGUCAGAACCGCAACCAAAAAAGAAACCUUGGAAGACGUUCAUUUUUGAGGAGACUAGAUUCACAGCAGUGACAGCUUACCAAAACCAUAGGAUUACUCAAUUAAAAAUAGAAACUAAUCCGUUUGCCAAAGGUUUCCGGGAUUGCGAGCCGGAUGACUGUGGGUCUUCCGAGGUGAUGACUCAACUACACCAGAAUUCCAAUAGUCCUAACCCUAGUGGUAGCAGUGAUAUUUCCUCGCCGUCCAGAACUAGUGUGCGGAGACCGAGCAACACUUGCACCCAGAUUCCAAGUAGAAAAGAAAUUACUGCAACCAAAUAUCCCAUAGAUUAUGAGAGCAGCAUUCCCUGUGAGAAUCUUCCUUCUCGUGUGAAUUGUUUCUCACCACUCGGAGGAACUAGGUCCAGCCGGCCCACCUAUCGACCGGAAGAUUGUAAUUACAAACUCCUUCCCGUUUACUCUCACCAGAAUCGGUUCCAUCCGUAUUCAAAUUCGUAUCCAUCUUUUCAUCAGAGUUUACCCAAGACACCGAGCAGCAUAUCAAGCAUGUCCAGCGGAGAACUGGACUUCUCCGUCUCGGGGGGAGUGGGGGCGACCCCAAGCAGCACCGCCAUGUACGCCGGCACCAUGCCCAUGCCGUACCACUACCCUCACCACCAAAGUCCCUCCAUCUACAGCCCCAUAGGAGACUACCACGAUUCCAUGUUCAUGCACCGGUAGUCGUCACCUCUUCGCGCCAUGCCUGCGUCACGGUCGUCCCGAACAAAGUCAGGAACAUAGAGUAGCAUAGAGUCGUAAGGUAAGUGGGAGCGUUGGCGCCACUUUCAAGCAUUUUCCAGGUCCCGAAUGGAGAUGUUGCAUGUGUGAGGGAUUUGCGAUU